AGAAUUUGAAAACAGAUACCUUUAAGGAACAGGUGAAAAGGAGAGGGAAGGGUAUGCAGCUGGCAAGACGCAGAACAACAAGGGAAUAGCAACGGAGGAUCGAAGCAAGUGAAACUCUGGACUGUUAGAAACUCCCUUCUCUCGCGUUCAGCCUGACACUUGACCAUGCUCCUGACUAUGAACCUGCUCUUUCUGCUGGUCCUGACCUUUCACCCUGACCUGGCCAUGGGAGGCAGAGCCCAGCGCAAACAAAGGCAGGCUGAGAACAGUCUGAGACCAUAUCUAGGUAGAGUGGACCCAGUCCUACUAUGUGAGCUUCUGAAGUGUCACAGUCCAAUGGGCUCCUGGUGCCAGGUGGUUCAGGACAAUGGAGUCCUCUUCCCAAAGUGUGUGUGUCCUAAGACCUGCCCACGGCAGGGGGCACCAGUGUGCAGUGUUCUGGGAAAGACCUAUGGGAACGAGUGUCUGUUGCAUAGAGAAGCCUGCCGCAAGAGACGUCACAUUGGAAUGGCUCAUAUAGGGCCCUGUCUGGUUCCCAAGGCAAACUGCACAGAGGAGGAGUAUGGCCAGUUCCCAUACCGCCUCAUGGACUGGUUCCUCCUAUUGAGUCGCAUGGGAGAGUCCUAUGCCCCCUACUCCCCGCCCCAGAGCUGCCUGAGCCAUGCCCAGCGCUCCCAACUAGCCCAGCAGAGGUUUGCCCUGCUGGACAAGAACAAGGAUGGAAAGCUGAGCCGGAGGGACCUGAGGAAGUUACGCUACAAGAGAAUGCCUCUAGAGCACUGUGCUACCUCCUUCUUCCAGUCAUGUGACCAUAACAAGAACAGUAAGGUGACCCUGCAUGAAUGGAUCUCCUGUCUGGUGGAUCGCUCAGAGAUGUGGUUCCACAGCUUCAUGUCUAUGAAAAUGGGAUCCGGUAAGCUGUGUCCCAUGUAGACCGACAACCACCUUUGACCUCGAUAUGAACACCUCUCCUCUCGCAUUUUGUAUGUAUUCCUCGUGUUACUAUUUUUCUGUUAUUUCUCAUUUUUAUCUCUCUGCAUUGUUGGGAAGCAUUUCAA